CUCUCACACAGAAUAUCAGAACACAGUAGUUAUGUCAUAUUGACAGAUUUCAUUUUUGAUUUUUUCGAUGUUUAUAAUUCUGACUUUAAAUUUUCCUUAACCAAUCGGAUAUUAAACUAUAACAUAAAUCGCAAAAAUGUUUCUAACACUUAAACUUCUUGCUAACAGACAUCCUUCGUUUAUUGCUCGAACCGUAUUCGUAAAGAACAACAACGUAGACGACGCGUGCAGACUCGUGAACAGGAUUCUUGGGAAGGAAGGCAUCCUGGAGCAGUUUCGUCUCACAAGAUAUUAUGAAAAACCUUUUCAGACAAGGCGACGAGUAAACCAUGAGAAAUGCAAGGCAAUUUAUAAUGAAGAUAUGGAGAGAAAAAUCCACUUCGUGCUUAGAAAAAACCGCCAUGAGCCAUUUCCUGGAUGUCAUUGACAUAUAAAUAGUUUAUUUAAAUUUCAAAAUCUAGAUUUAACAAACUGUAGUUAAGAUACUGUAGUUAAAUUUUAAAGGUUACAUAAUUGCAACAAAAUGUCAUGUUUUAUGUAUGUAUAAUAAAAUAUUAUAUU